AUGUCCCCAAAGUCCCUCCUGAUGUCACCCCAAUGUCCCCAAAGUGUCCCCAGGCGCUCCUCCUGGUCCUGCUCCAUCCCACUCCGCGUCUCUAAAGUCUCCCCCGGGGUCUGCCCGGUCCCCACGGAUGUCCUCAAAGUCCCUGCUGUUGUCACCUGGGGUUUCCCCAUAUCCCCUGGUGUCCCCAAAGUCCCCCCUGGUUCCACCCCGGGUCCUCCAGCCUGGGAGCAGACCGACUCAGGGGAAUGUUUUGACAUCCCCCUGGGGAUUUUGGGUUCCCUGCCACGGAUUUCAGCCGUCUCAGGAAUUUUGGGCUCCCCUGAGGGGAUUUUAGGGCCCGCUGGGCAUUUUGGAGUCCCCCAAGGGCACUUUGGGGUCCCUUCAGCGGGUUUUCGGGUGCCCGGCAGGCACUGCAACAUGGUGCUGGAGAACGUCAAGGAGAUGUGGACCGAGGUGCCCAAGAGCGGCAAAGGCAAGAAGAAAUCGAAGCCCGUCAACAAGGACCGCUACAUCUCCAAGAUGUUCCUGCGCGGCGACUCCGUCAUCGUCGUGCUGCGCAACCCCCUCAUCGCCGGCAAAUAGGCACCCCCAAGACCCCCCCCAAAAGCCCUA